AUGAGCAUUGGCACUGUUGGCAGACAGAUUACCCACAACCGUCUCAACAGUGACCGGUUCCUCAGACUCGUUCCAGGCAUCAUAGUCCGUGGACAUACAGAUCAUCUGGUAGGCGAUCUCGGCUUCUCUAGCAAGUUUAGAUUCCGGGAUGCAGGACAUGUUAAUCACAGAUCCUCCCCACGACUUAUACAGUCUAGACUCUGCUCUAGUAGAGAAGGCCGGUCCUUCCAUACAAAUCAGGGUCAAGUCAGAUUUUUCGGUUUCUCUGGUGUGCAACUUAACGUUAUCACCUUUGAGCACGUCUUGGCAUGUGUCAGCGAUGAUUUUGUUGAGUUUUAG